CCAUUGUGAUCACGGAGCAGCCGGUAUCUGCCUCUGUUCCCUUGGGAUACUCCUUCAUGCUGCGGUGCAGAGCUGAGGGACGGACGUUGCUGCAGUACCAAUGGUUUUGUCAGCACCAGUCUGUCUGCCGCCAGAUUCCUGGUGCCACCAAGCAAGACUUGCCCAUCACUGCACAGCAGUCCCAACUCUACACCUGCAGAAUCAAUGACCUCUACAAAAAUGCCAUCUUCUCUGACUGGGUGAAAGUGGAGGUCCAUCACUGUGUUGCCAGAGGACUCCCCCCUCGGCUCUGGCAAGGAGAACCAGUCAUCGUCCUGAACCCCACUGAGCAGACGGUGGAGGUGGGGAAGCCGCUACAGCUGCGUUGUGCUGCCAUGGGGGUCCCAGCCCCCAGCUACCAGUGGUACCAGAAUGGAAACCUGCUGGAACACCAGAAGAAGAAAAACCUCUGGAUCUCCCAUGCAAAGGUCAGUGACUCCGGCACAUACCUCUGCUGUGCCUCCAAUAGCCACGGCGAGCACUGGACCAAUGCAGUGGAUAUUCACAUAGGUACAUGUCACUCUGAAAAGUUUUUUGCUACAGGCAAGAUAGCACUUUUAGUGGGCAACAACCACUACCAGCAUCAUCCCAACCUCAUGGCUCCCGUCACGGAUGUGUUUGAGCUGAGUCUCCUUCUGGAGCAGCUGGGCUUCCAGGUUGUCUCCCUUCUGGAUCUGAACAAGACUGAGAUGGAGACAGCAGUCAGUCGGUUCCUGGAGCUUCUGGGGAAAGGAGUCUAUGCUAUAUUCUACUAUGCCGGGCAUGGGUACGAACAUCUGGGGAGGAACUACAUGGUCCCAGUUGAUGCUCCACAGCCCUAUGCCCCUGAGAACUGCAUCAGCGUGCAGAGGAUCCUACAGAGGAUGCAGCAGCAGCAGACGGCCCUGAACCUCAUCCUGCUGGACACCUGCAGGAAAUGGUACAACUCAAAGUGUGCCCUUUCACAGGUGCAGCCACUGGAGCCCUGGGGCAACACUGUUUAUGGAUAUGCCACGAGCGAAGAUGCAGAAGCCUAUGAGUUGCAGGAUGGGAAGUUCAGCUCUGGGAUCUUCAUGAAAUACCUGAAGAAACAUAUCCUGCAAGAGAAGAAGGUUACACACAUGCUGGAGGAUGUGCUAGAAGACAUCGGCCAGGAUCCCUUGGUUACUGGGAAGCAGGUGAUGGAGAUCAAACACACUCUGAAGGAAGCACGGUCCCUGACAGAUCCAAUCUGUCCCUUGGGAGCAGGGGCCAAGCGCUGGGGACACAGACAUGAGCUGCUGAGCAAACUGGUGACCUUCCCCUGCGGGGCACGGGUGGAACUGCGCUUCCACCGGCUCUUCUCCAACCUGAUCUGUGUGUGUGGCAAGCUGCAGUGCUCCCCAGCCCACAUCGCAGAUACCCGCCUCCUGCUCUGCCGGCCCACUGAGAUGGACAGUGUGGUCAUCCCAAAAGAGAGCCACUGGGACCAAGUCAAGUUCCUGCUCACCUCUGUGUACAAGCAGGAGGAGCUGGACUCUGUCUUCCAGCUCGGUGGACUACAGAAAAUUCAGGCAGACGUGGUCCUGCAGUUGGAUUUGCAUUAUACCCAGCUGAGCACGAAGCAGAGGAUUUGUGAAAGCCUGCAGACAACCCUCCAGAAAUCCCUGCUAGGACAGGUUUUCAGCCAGAUUAAUUACUCCCAGCCAAACUACUGGAGACCUCCUGCCUGUGCAGACCUGAAGGGACAAGCAUCAAUGAGGACAGGCUUUGGCCACAGCUUGCCCAGCAGCAACCCCUCCAACUCCUGCAGUGAGCCAGAGGAGAAUGAUGAGAGCGACCUGAGUGAGCUCUGCUCAGCAUUGCUGCAGGCUGGCCCAAGGCAGGACUACCCCUGA